GGACGGGGACGGACGGACGGAACGGACGGACGACGACGACGACACACACACAUUACCGCACAGCUCUGUGUUUUUAGUAUGGGUCGGCAGAUGCCGGUCCGGGUAUUAAAAAAACAAUAAAAUCAAAUAUCUUCAUGUGGGAUAUUGUUUCACAUCAUUUUGAUGAUCAUUCUAUAAAAUACAAAAAUACUGUGUUCAAUCAUUGCGUUUCAUUUUAUUGUAUUUAUUUUGCAAUACACAUAUUUGCUCUGUAUAACAGUUCGUCACCUUUGAUCAAAAAGCUGCAUGAAGAUUAAAGGGAGCACCCCCAAGCCCCCCGAGCGGAAACAGCAAAGUUGGAAUUCUGGGGCGAUAUAAAGGUCGACAGUCACUCCAGUUAGCUCUUCUGAACGUAACAAACAAGCGAAAAACUACUUCUAAAGUGAUAACUCAAGCAUUGAAGAGAGGACAAGACGCUCCAAAAUCGGGAACCUUCGAUCCACAUUCCUGUGCCACAUUCCGUGAGAUCCUGACGUUCGCGCUUCCCUGCGAGGUUCAAUCGGAAUUCCAGGAGCGCUGGAUGAAAGAAGGGAUUAUUCCCAGCGGGGUAGAGGGGCCACCCACGUUUGUUUUCCUAAGGAUCGCUGUAUGCGUUUCAAGAGGAAUCUUCUGAAAAUUUCACUGUGAUAUUUUUUACCCCAGGCCCUGGUGGAGCAAUCGCCUCACUGGACUUGCCUAUAAAUGGAAGCUGAAAGUUGAAACAAUCUGCUUACUAAUGAACGGGUCACUGGAUGUCUCUGAUGCAAGUUACACAGAUCACCAUUGAUUGAUUAGUGUCGCAACCAGAUUUUCUUUCUGCUAAACCUGGCUAGUAAAGCUCAGCUUAUUUCUAUUCUCGACUUUAAGAUAGCAGUAGGGAUUCUGGGUAACAGCGUCAAAGCCAAGAAGAUGCCGGCUAAGACCCCCAUCUACUUGAAAACCUCCACCCCAAAGCGGGGCAAGAAACUCAAGCUGCGGGACAUCCUGUCCGGUGAUAUGAUCAGCCCCCCCCUGGGUGAUUUCCGUCACAGUGCCCACGUGGGGCCAGCAGGGGAGGAGGACAUGUUCGGGGACGUGAGCUUCAUGCAGGGCAAGCUGGAUCUGCUCCCAGAGAUGGGCAGGAGGGCCAGCGAGGAGGCAGCCCAGGGCAGGACCCUCAGAGAUGGGUUCCCGGCCGGGAAAAAGAACCUCAGAGGCUCCCUGCUCAAGUGCGCCAUCUCCCUGCCCGCCUUCGGACAGGAGCUGCCUCCGCCCAAGCCUCCGAGGCUGCACCUGGGCGAUUGCUCGGGCCAGAGGUCCAUGUCGGUGAGCCACUCUGUGGAGACCGGGGGGUGCGGCGGCCAUUUCCGCGACGACGAGGAGCUGAGUUACUCCAUCCCGGCUGGUUUAGGGCACCUGCUGGCUUCCUCCGGCUCGCUCUCCGAGGGUUCCUCCGACGGCUCUGAGGGGAUGGGGGAAGGCUGCUCCUGCUACGGGCCCCUGGACCCCACGAAGGAGCUGAGUCUCGACUCGGACGCAGGCGUCAGCAACGAGGACCUGCUGAGCGAGGCCAGAGAGCCUGCCGGUGUUCCCAAGUCAGAGUCGCUCCUCGGGAUGGAUCUGGACCUGGGACCCUCCAUCCUGGAAGAUGUCCUGAGGAUUAUGGACACCUAUAAGAUGCGGGACGGGCACUGGGAGCUGUAGAACCUCCAUUUGGGGGUUAUUAAAAUUGUCUUUUUUUUUUAGCUUGACGGACUCAGUGUGUGUUUUCAAUCACAAGUCAUUUAUAACAAAACAAAACAAAACAAGCCUCUAACAGUUUUCUGUUGAAUAUUUUAUAGAAGUAUAUUUAUUAAGGGUGAUUUUUGCCGCCUGCAGUUUGCUCACACCUCACCCAAGUCGCUUAUAGUGACAUCUAGUGGUGGGAACAGGGAAGAACAGGACAAAGCAUGCAUCCUGACCGGACCAAUAAGCAAACAGUGGGCUUCAACAGCUUGAGAUUUGAAUUAGAGUUGAAGUCGGGGACUAUUUGCCGGCAGUUGGCUGCAGAAAAAAAUAACGACAAAACUGAACAAAAAACAAAUGAUUUUUUUUUUUAUAUGGAGGGAUUAUCUCUGCAUGCUUCUGCUUUGAAGAGAGGACGGUGUGAGGAGACAUUUUUACCUGGAUUUAAAAACCAAGACAUUUGGGCAGUGAAACCAAAAAUUCAAAAUCUGCGAACCUGGAAACAAAAACUUAGGAAUACUGUUUUUAUGUGCAUUUUGGGGAACUUCAAAAAGACUGUUCUGUCUGUAUAAUAGGGCAGCAGUGUGGAGUAGUGGUUAGGGCUCUGGGCUCUUGACCGGAGGGUUGUGGGUUCAAUCCCUGGUAGGGGACACUGCUGCUGUACCCUUGAGCAAGGUACUUUACCUAGAUUGCUCCAGUAAAAACCCAACUGUAUAAAUGGGUAACUGUAUGUAAAAAUAAUGUGAUAUCUUGUAACAAUUGUAAGUCGCCCUGGAUAAGGGCGUCUGCUAAGAAAUAAAUAAUAAUAAUAAUGUAGCAAAUGACUGCUGUCUCUAUUUUUCUAAUGUUAGAAGGUCGCUUUACCUGGGCUGUGACAGCUUUAUAUCCUGCUUUAUUGUCUUGUAUUGCAAUAUACUGUACUGAAUGCAUUUCACCUGAAUGUGAACGAGAGGCUGAUAUUAUAUUUUGUUUCCUAAAAUAAAAUAAAAAAGAUU